AAACCGAUGUCGUCUGCUAUACUGAGAAAGAUUCUGUAUCGGUCCGACUGCUGUUGGUAUACAUUCUGUUUCUAGAACAGUUCUCGUCAUGGUAAAAAUAUUUGUCAUUGGGAUUACAGGUUGGAUUGGCAAUGCAAGCGCUCGCGCGAUCGUAGCUGCGCACCCCGACUACGAGUGGACGGUUCUCCUUCGCAACAAGACAAAAGAAGAGAGCGUGAAGCAAUUAUUCCCCCCAGAAAUGCGAUUCGUGAUCGGAGACUUUGACAGUCACGAUGUCAUCUCCUCUGCAGCAGCUGUCGCAGACGUUGUCAUAAACUGGGGUAGUAGCGACCACGAGCCGUUGACCAAGUCCAUCAUCGACGGGAUGAAGAAGAACAAGUCUACCUGCUACCUAAUCCACACCUCAGGCGGCGGUAUACUUACGGGCGAAGUUGCCAGGACGGGGGCCUACGGCCAGGCUACCACCAAGGUCUACGACGACUGGGACAAUGCAAGCGACCUCCUCACGCUCCCUCCCGAAGCGCCACACGUGAGCGUCGAUACCAUGAUCCUGGCGCUCGACCACGAAGCGCCGCAUAUCAAGACCAUGAUCGUCUGCCCGCCAAUUAUAUACGGCAUGAGCAACGCCCAGGACAUACAGGAGCGCAGCGCCGCACGACAAUACGUAAAUUCCAUCCUAGACCGCAAAAAGGGCUUCGCGGUCUGUGACGGCAAGGCUAUCGUCAAUACGUUACACGUUACCGAUCUAGCGAACUUCUUCGUCAAGGCUACGGAAGCAGCCGCGCAGGGCGGUGGCGCUGCAACGUGGGGAGGUGUGGAGUCGUACUACUUUGUGGAAAACGGAGAGAUAGUCUGGGACGAAUUCGCGCAAGCUGUUAGCAAAGCGGCUUUUGAGAGAGGGCUGCUGGAUACCCCGGAUGUGGACUAUCUGAGCGCAGAGGAGGCGAUGAAGCUUGAUCCAAUUAGCCAAAUUGCUUACGGUUCCAGUGCAAGGUUUAAGGCGAUUCGAGCUGGAAAGACUCUUGGUUGGAAGCCAGAGAUGCCGGGGAUCUAUGAGGACUACCUGUCGAAUUGGCGGUUCAAGGCGGGCGAACAGCACUUGUUCAUGUAAUGUGAACCCAGUUCCAAAUCAUCGGCUUGCAUUUGCUACGAUAGCUUAGUAUGUCGUCUUCGCCGCCUUGGCGUCUGUUAUACGCACGCGUACUUCUUUUUUGGUGUCAUUGUGUAGUUCUUUAGGCGCGAAAGCGAUUAACACGUGCCAUGAAGCCAUGCCUAGCUGCACCCCUAGACUGUGAGCAAAAAGAAUUCUGUUCUAAGAUCCACCACAUGAGGUGCAAAACGAUGAAGCGCGCCAUCUUCUUACGCGAUCCAGAUGGUUUUUGCAUGGAGAGACGGCGGUUGGUGGAUUUAGAGGGUGCAAAAAAAGUCAAAAACAUACAACAGCGGGGAUUCGCUAGUGGUCACCCACCUAACUACUAAUCCGCCGGUAUCAUGCUUGUAUAUGGCUGAGCGGACGGGAAGCCUAAUUUUCAUGAU